AUGGAAAUAUGCGCAAUGAAACAUAAUUUUGACUACAAAGUUGGCAACACGGAUAAUAGAGUUUGGUAUGUUCGCUGCGCGGAUGAUGAUUGCCGCUGGCGUGUUCGCGCAAAGGGAUUAACAGGUUCUUCAUAUUUUAUCAUCAAAAAGUAUGUACCUGAUCAUUCAUGUGCUCCAUCAUCAAGGAACCACUCUGUUCGUACAGCUUCAUCAAAAACAGUUGGUAGUCUUAUUAUGCAUAAGUACGAAAGUGUCAAGGAAGGGAGGAAACCUAAUGAUAUCAUCCAGUUUAUGCGUAAUGAUCAUGGAGUUGAGAUAUCCUACUCUUUAGCUUGGGAGGCACGUGAGUAUGCAGUAAAUGUUGUGAGAGGCAUUCCGGAGAAGGGUUAUGAAAAAAUUCCCAAAUACUUGCACAUGAUGAAGGAAGCUAAUCAAGGAUCACACACAUUUUAUGAAACUAAUAGCACUGGGAGAUUCAGAUUCCUCUUCAUCUCAAAUGGUCAGUCUAUUCGCUGUUUUUAUGCUGGUCUUCGGAAAGUUAUUGUUGUGGAUGGAACUUUUUUGAAGAGCAAAUACAAAGCGGUAUUACUGGUUGCUACUGCUUUGGAUGGAAACUCGGACCUAUAUCCUAUUUCAUUUGGAGUUGUCGACUCAGAGAAUGACCGCUCGGGGGAAUGGAAUACUUCACUUGCUAAAGCUUUUGCAAAAGUGUAUCCGCAUUCUCAUCAUGGAAUUUGCAUCCACCACUUGCUGAACAAUGUUGUUACAUAUUUCAAGGGUAAAGGUGUCGCUGGUUUGGUUGCAAAGGCUUCUAAAGCUUACCUAGUUGCUGAUUUUAAGAAGCAAUUCACCGCUAUUUUCUCAAUUAGUCCUGCAAUUGGAAACUAUCUGAUACAAGCUGAUGUGAAAAAGUGGGCUCGUUGUCAAUUUCCGGGUUACAGAACUUUAAGUUCUAAGCAUAAACAGCCACUGACCGUUGCUGCAGAGAAGAAGAUUGAUCGAAGGAUUGAGAAGGGUAAAAAGUUUCAGGUUUUCCCAGUUAGCGAUGAUAGACACGCCAUAAAAGCAGCUUUCAACGUAGGCAUACAAGCACACACUCUCACUGACGACAUGUACACCACUGCUUCAUGGAGUUCUAUUUAUGAGGAAAGCAUAAAUCCUAUUAGUGUCCCGGAAGAUGCAUGGAUUGUCCCAUCUCACGUACAGCAAGCGAAAGACCUUCCUCUAGAAACUAGAAGAGCUGCAGGUCGGAUAAAGAAACGUAGGUACGAGACAGUUGAAGACAAGAUCCGUUCGUCACAAGGAACUCAAAGCUCUAAACGUCGUAAAUGCAGUCGAUGUGGUAUUGAAGGUCACAACCGGUCGACAUGUGAUAGAUAA